GAGAGCUGGCUCUACCUCCUGAGGAAAAAACACACCUCCCUCCUCAGAGCGAGCCGGGCUCUCUCACUGCGCUCAGUCCGCGUCUGUCCGCUACUGAGGAGAGGAGCUGAGAGGAGGUGUUAAAGCCGGCCAACGCUGAACACAACCCGGGACGGACACAUCUGAGUAAUGCGAUCUUUCUCUGUUCGUUCAUUUACGGUGGCAGCGUCCGCGGAAUAACGGCGCCAAACGCUUGGAUACAGUGGAUGUACCGGUACAGCUGAAGGAACGAUGGUGUGGACGUUUUUCGUACGUUACGGCGGAUGACGUCCGAAAAUGGACACGGAUUAUCAUAAGCAACUACCGAGUCCUCGACCCAAGAUACAAAGUCGUCUGACCAUUACAGUGCGCUCAACCCUCAUGUCAAGACCUUGUCUGUCUUCCCGAGGUCCAAAACCUCCCGUCGCCCCAAAACCAAGACUGUCUACAGAGCAAGAGGACGAACACAACCAAAGCAUUGUUAGCAAUGGAGACAUAGUGUCUUCUGAUAGGCUGGAACUGGAGCAGGACGGCGAAUCAGAGGCUACGCAGGAUGAAGCUGACACACCCAUAGAGAACUCUGUGGAGCUUGCUGAGGAGUCAUUUAACAUUGCAGAGGAACAAGUGGAGGCAAACCCCAACACCAGUGAUGGUAUUUCUGAUAAAGAUGUGAAAGGAGACUUAGAGAUGAGGGUAGAAGAAACAGAUGAGAUAGCAGAGUCAGAGGAGGAGGAGAGAGAGAAUAGCAUUGAAGCAAAUAAUGCAGGCUUGAAUGACGUCCAAGGAUUUAUUGUAACUACUGUUUCAGCUGCUGUAGACUACAUCAAAGACACCGGUGAUGUGGAGCCACCUCAGGGCACAGGUGAUCUUGAUGAUACAGCAGACGACCCUGCUGAAUAUCCUGAGAAAGAGACUCUCACAGAGGAUCAAACAGAAGAUGAAACAGAGGUCAAUAACGAUACACCCAGUCCUUACGAAGAAAUUGAGGAAUCAACAUUAAACCAGGGCACAUAUGCUGAGAUAGAUAAUGUUGAAGAUGUGACAUCAGAUCCUGUUGAUGAUAUAGAAGAGCCUUAUUUUAAUGAGAGAGAGUCCUUUCUCUCUGAGCCCCCACCAGAGUGUGACAAUGAGCCAUGCGAAGAGGGCACAAAUCCAAGUGUAGAGUGUGCACUUAGUGAGGCAACUGAGGACACAACUAAUGCAGAGGCUGGAUUUUCCUCACAAGCUAUGAAUGGCAGCCAGCCCUCCCUGUGCGAGGAGUACCCUUAUGAUGUUAUCGGAUCACUAGAUGACACCGAUUCAUGGCAGCCGGAACGCGCCACAAAAGACCCUUCGGGACGGUUCAGAUUUUCAGAGGAAGUAGAGGAUGCGUAUGAGCCUUAUUCGGUCAUAGAGGUGGUGCCUGCUGAUCUCAUGAGCACCUCAGACCCUGAGGCAGACUGCACAGAUGAGGAAUGCGGUGAUAAGAAAGUAAAGGAUACUGAGACAGAGACGGCAAUCACUUCCAACCAAGAGCCUUUUUACGUCUCAUCAGAUGAUGUGGCAGAACUAGAGGAGCAACAGGCACAGUUAGGGGAUAGUGUCCCAUCAACCUCUGAACCCUCAGAGCAGCAGGGUACGAAAGUGGACGAGUAUGCGGACAUAGACGACUCUCUGUGCCAGGACGGAGAUGAUCAGCCGCUAGAGUGCGUGUCAUCUGAGGAUUAUGUGGAGAUAGGGGACGAAGACGAGCCUGUGGACAUGGAGCGAAAAACUAAAGGGAAGAGUGCAAAGGAGCGCUCAGCCAGGCGCAGCCAAGGCUUUGUGAGCCAAAGAAAUAGCUGCCAACCACGCCUUAGACUUUGCAACAUCACGGUGCCAGCUGACCUAGACCUGGGCAUGACUCCUGAGCUAACGAAUCGUGUGGUAUUUGCCCAUACCACAGAGGCAUUUGAAGAGGAUAUAGAAGACCUUGACUGCCAUAUAGUGCCUUUCUUUGAGGACUCAGACUCAGACAGCGACGAACACAUUUAUGAGGAGGCAGGCUUCGACUCAGAAGGGGAGAACUUUAUCUCUCUGGACAGGAAAACCAUUGUGACCCGCUCACGUUCGCUCUCUGGGAAAGUACCCGGAUAUGUCCCUGAAACUGUUCCCGAGGAGACAGGCAAUGAAUCCCAGACUCACGACUACUACACCGUGACCUUGGACCAAAAUGGAGAUCUACUAAAGCCUUCAGAUAACUCGGAGGUCAAUCGAAUGAUCCCUUCGAUGAAGUCGAGACGUUUUCUUUUCUACCCACGAUCGUACUCUGUGGAGGGUCGAGAUGUGGAUAGCCUGUCUGCGUAUUUGGGAAGUGACUCACCUCAGGUGGAGAACAAAGUAAAAAGGAAAGAUGACACUCUCUCGCUGCCUUGUGUCAUCACCUCUUCUGGAAGCUUUUCUCAAAGAAGCCACCAGUCCUCCAGUGGUGUCUCUACACCUACAUCUCUCGUUGAUAUACCACCACCCUUUGAGCUGGCUUACAUCACAAAAAGGCCUGUCACUAAAAGCUCCCCAUCUCUCCUUAUUCAACAUGAGUCCAGUGACAAGCCGAAAAAGAAGAAGACAUCAUUCAAGCGUUUCCUGGCCCUGAAGUUUAGAAAAAAAACUGAUAGCAAAACACAUGGAGAUGGCAGCGUCCGUUCCUCCAGGUCAUCGUCGGAAUCCAGCCAUCAUGGGCCAGUUCGGGUUAUAGAGCUGGACCGGAGGAGUACCAGCAGCUCCCCUCAGCUUCAGUCUCGGAUUGUAAAAUCACAGCGUAACUCAGACUUUCCCGCUACCUUUGUGGUUUACAAAGACAGGCAAAAGAGGAACGGUGUCCCUAAGACUUAUGGCAACAGAGGCAUUUCCAGAGUUGAGUCCUUUGAAGACCGCUCUCGGCCUCCCUUCAUGCCUCUCCCACUCACCAAACCUCGAUCCAUCUCCUUUCCAAGUGCCGAUACCUCAGACUAUGAAAAUAUCCCGGCUAUGAGUUCAGAUUACGAGAAUAUUCAGAUUCCUCCAGGAAGACCCACUCGGUCAGUCACCAUCACAGAAUUCUUCGACGACCACAAUCGGACAACAGCACCUGCUAACGAGAAUGACGGUUACGUGGACAUGAACAGCUUCGCAGGAAUAGAGAACAAGACAAACACACAAGAGCAGGAGGCUGAGAGUGCCUACACGGAGCCUUUCCCUGUGUGUCCUGCUCCUGCAUCUCUUUCUGCUGAUGAAGACCAUGGGCGCACGUCUGAGGAAGAGGAGGGUUGUGGUGAUCACAGCUACGAUAGACAGAUUGAUGGCAGAUCCAGAGCCUACUAUGUAGCCAAAGAGCUGCUGGAUUCAGAACGAGAGCAUCUGAAGACACUGAAACUACUUCAAGAGGACUUCCGGGAAGCGGUGGAAGAAGCAGUUGGUGAUGAUGGUGAGCCCGUGCUGGAGGAGGGCAGACUGGGGGAGAUCCUCAGCACUCUGCCUCAGGCCUAUCAACUCCACCUACACAUCUUCACUGAGCUGGACACCAAGAUCAAACAGUGGGAGGACAGCCCGAGGGUGGUGGGGGUCUUUCUGACGUCCCGGGCGGAGUUUGGGGUCUUCACGACCUACAUCAAUGAGUAUGACCGCAACAUGGCACUGCUGGAGGAGAGCUGUAGGCGGAGCCAAGCCUUUGCCGACAUCGUCAAACAGUUUGAGCAACAGAAUGCAGAAGGUGUGCAGGUUCCUGUGAAACACCAGCUGCAGCAGGUCAUUGUGCGUGUGCUCCAGUAUCGCAUGCUGCUCACAGAUUACUUAAACAACCUCUCCCCUGACUCCAAAGAGUAUGAAGACACUCAAGCUGCUCUGGUGAUUGUGUCAGAGAUUGCAGACCAGGCCAACGACAGCCUUAAAGAAGGGGAGAAUCUGCUGCGUCUGGUCCAUAUCGAGUCCAGUGUGAAGGGGAAGAGGGCUUUGCUCCAGCCAGGACGAGUGUUUGUGAAAGAGGGCACUCUGAUGAAGGUCUCCCGUAAAAGCAGACAGCCUCGACACCUGUUCUUGAUGAACGAUGUGAUGCUGUACACCUACCCUCAGCAGGACGGGAAGUACAGGCUGAAGAAUACACUCCCUCUCAGUGGCAUGAAGGUCAGUAAACCGGUCGUAGACAAUGUGCUCAACACACUCAGGAUAGAGGUCAAUGAUGUGACCAUCACCCUCUCAGCCAGUUCUCUGGCAGAGAGAGAGGACUGGUUCCACACUCUGAGCAGAGCUAUAGCUGACCACGCAGCUGGCCUCAACACAUUCAGCUCCUCCAGUGAGGCGAGGGAGAAGCUGUGGAUGUCUCUGGGGGAAGCGGCUCCAGUGCUGGUGCCCAUCUCCCACGCCAUGAUGUGCAUGAACUGUGCCUCAGACUUCAGCCUGACGCUGCGCAGACACCACUGUAACGCCUGCGGAAAGGUGGUGUGCCGCGCCUGCUCCAGAAACCGGUACCCACUGAAGUAUCUGAAGGACAGAGUGGCUAAAGUGUGUGACCGUUGCUACACUGAGCUGAAGAAACGAGGUGGGAAUGUCCCCAUGGCGUGUGGCAGUGCGAGUCCACACACAAACAGAGCUAGUCGGCCUUUGUCCGCUGUGUUCCAGAGCCUGCAGACCCCCAGCCUGUGGAAAAGCAGGAAGAGCACUUCACCUCUCGCUCAGGUGUCCGUGGGCGCUGAAGGCUCCACUAUGAGUGGGAGUCUGCAGAGGCGGAAGAAGAGUAAACGGAAGUGGAAAAGGCUGUGGUUCCUGCUCAAAGACAAGGUGCUCUACACCUUUACAGCCCGAGAGGAUAAAGUGGCGAGUGAGUCUCUUCCUCUGCAGGGUUUUACAGUAAAGCUGUCUGAGCAUUCUGAGGGUGAGGACACGGACAGCAUCUUCCAGCUCUACCAUAAGAAAACCCUCUACUACACAUUCAGAGCGGACGAUCAGCACACCGCACGCAGAUGGGUGAAUGCAAUGGAGGAAGCUACAGUAUUAUAGUAUUCAUUCAAGCAGGUGAUAACAUGACUCUAGCCAUGGUCUUUCCAAUCUGCCCAGCUGAAAUCCAGAAGGUUCAUUGUAGCAAGAGUGGAUCUGUAUCAUACCAUCGGCCCUGACUGAAGGAUCUCAUGCCAUUAUACUGUGGAUUCCCGUUUAAGUUUUCGACCACAGACCUUUUAAUGGAGUCCUCCGUCUGUGUAUGAGACUCUGCGGAGGAAACAUCGAAGUCACUUCGGCUGUGCUCCAGUUUCUGAUGUCACUGCAUUCCUAAAGGAAUCACAAGCCUUGUUUGGUUAGCUUGAGUUCUGUACAGAAAAAGUGAAACAUGCCAAAUGUAAAUAUGACCGUGCAGGACGGCAUUCACGAGCUGUUGCUGAAGUAUCAGACUGUUGCAGGAGUAAGAUUUCCACAUAAAAUGCACACACAAAAAGGAUAUCUUGGCAAGUGAAAGCAUCUUAAAUGUAGGCAAUAACAUGUAUAAAACAUUCAGACCAUUUCUAGACAUUGUAUUUGUAUUAAGUGAUCAAAGUGAUCAUAUCCUCUUGUGAUCUACCAGUGCAGCAAGACAACUUUAGCUUUGCUAAAAUGAUUCAAACUAAGUACAACUGUCUUGAAAUAUGGUAAAGGUUUUAUAAUAUUCUCACAAGAAUCACAUAAUGAUACACAUUUGAUAUACUGCCUACCCUUAAUAUGUUUUCACUUGCUUUAAAGUGCAAAGGCUUUGUUACAGUGCACUGAUUUUUCACAAUUUCUGCAUAAUUUAAUCAGGGAAAUGUAAACAAAGUCAUUCAGAAUGGUUAAUCUGAAAUGGUUGAUUAGAGAAACUUAGAGACUCAGACUUCUUUACAGUGGUGGUGAUAGGAACCAGUAACUACUUCCACUAAACCUACACAUCUUCUUUUGAGUUUUUUAUAAGUGUUUUUGAUCAUGGAAAAAUGUGAUGGCCUAUAUGUCCAUGAAUAGGCCUUAAAAAUACAUUUUAGGCCAAAACCUUAUCUCAAAACUAUUGUAAAACAACGCUUAAGGCAGGCAUGUCAAACUGGGGACCUUCCGGGCCAAAGUACUGCAGAGAUUAGCGUUUACCCUCAUCUACCACUCUGAUUUCAGUUCAUGAAGGCCUUGCUAUUUAGCUGAUGAGCUGAAUCAGGUGUGUUUAACGAGGCAGCGUGCUGAAGUCUGCAAUGUUUUGGCCCGCAAGGACUAGAGCUUGACACAUGUAGCUUAAGACAUGAGGGAACAUAUUCAUACUCGUUUUGUGUAAUGACAUCAUGUGAUGUACCUUUAAGAGCCAAUAAACUCUACAGAUGUCUGGUUCCUAUCACCACCACUGUAAGGAAUUCUGACUCAUAAGGUUUCUCUAGAAUGGAGCAUUUCAUAUCAAACCAUUCUCAAUGACAUUGUUUACAUCUUAGCAAUUAAAUCAUGCAGAAAUGUUGAAAAAUUGGUGAAAUUCCCCUUUAAGGGCCAAGAUAGCUGUAAUACUGUUUCAGCGGAACACUAUCUGAAAGCAGCACUUUCAGAUUGUUAAGGUGGUAGAAAAACACUUUAUUUCUUAUGUGUUAAUACAUGUAAUACAUAUGUGUGUUCAGUUGAGGACAAUUUAUUUUGUGUUACUUGUAACACUAAGAAGUGUGCUACCUUAUUUAACACAGGCAGUGUUCAGAUUUUGAACACAAACAUGUUCUAGUCACCUAGAGAUAUGUUGCGUUUGGCCAGAACGCAGUUCACAUAUCAGAAUUGACAUAUUGUUCAAUUUUAUCAUCACUUUAUUUGAUUUACAUUACAAAAGCCAAACAUCAAGCCUUAUGUUUUAAAGGGCCCAUACUCUACUUUUUUUCCUUUUGUGUUCUGUUUUGUGUCCUCAUUUAUGUUCCCUGACCUGCUUAUAACAUAUGUGUGGGUUGAUAUACCAGAAACGGUCAAAAUUAAUUUUUACAUGACCUCAAUUUCUCACUUAUAAUGAAACCAGCUGUUUUUGUUACUGUGCCUUUAAGACUGAGAUAUGUAAAUGAGCUCUGUUCUGAUUGGCUGCCCUGUAUUGUGCCUCAUUCAAAAAGCAGUCUAGACUGAAAUACUCCUUAUAACUUUAGCAUGAAUGGGCUAAACUGCUGUAGGCUGAGAAGGCAGGUACAUGUAAAUUAGUUUUUUGUGACAUCAAAAAAACAAUGUAUUCAAAACAGAAAUCUAUUUCCAUAUAUGGAUUGUAGGGAGUAGGGGGUGAAUGUUUACACAUCAAAGUGUUUUAUUUAAAAAAAAAAAAUCAGUUUUCGAUGAUAUGGGCCCUUUAAUACAAAAUGUAUUAAAACAAUGUGUUGUCACAUAAAACAUUUUAGUUUUCAAUUAAUACAUUUUACAUGUUGAAUUCAAACCACGAAAAGCCACCUAAAAUUAAACUGUCCAAGAUAUCAGGUCGAAUAUCAGCUGUCAGAAUUUUGAUAAACAUAUUGUGUGAUAUAUAUUUACAUUUUUAACAUGUGUACCUUUGAUACAAGACUGUAUAUUGUAAGUGAAGUUAGCUGUACAUUUCAUCAUGAGAUAUCAGAGUAAUUCUGGGUGUAAUAUAAUUUGAUAUGCAGUGGCAUGUUAAGAGGUUGCUGUAACUGUGCCAUAAUCUUCUACCCAGCAUCAUGAUUUCUAUUUUACUUCACUUUUCUCUUUGUAGGCCAAUCUGAACUGCACUUAUUGAUGCUGACACUGAUGUUGAGUCUUUUCUGUCAUAUUUUCUUUGUCAGCAGAUGUAUUUACAAGCAUUUUGAGGCUUGAUUUCAGUCAAGAAUUUGAAGUGCAUUCAAUAUAUAAAUUUGCACAGGUCUUUUCACCACUUAGCAUUUGUAUACUCUUAUCCACCAAACAGGGGCCGGUUGUUACAUAGCCCAUUUUUCUUUUCUAAUAGCAUCUGCAUUUAAUUUAUUAUAUUUGAAAAUUUGCAUCUGACUUUUCCUUUACAAAGUCUGGAAACAGGUUUAUGCCAUGCGAUUAGUAUUUCAGCUUACAAUUUUAACAUACUACAAAUUCAAGACCCUUCCUUAUAUUAGUUACACCUUCUGGACAAAGAUUGGCCUAGUUGUAAAAGGCUACAUAUGGUUUAAAUGGAGAAACUAAACCCAUGCUAUAAUUUAGGCAAGACUAGGUUUCAAAUGUGCCCUUUGUAGAGAAAUGUACACACUUUGAUUUCUUCACAGUGGUGGUGAUAGGAAUCAGGGGUCACAAUGUCUAUGAGUUUUCUAUGUAAUGUUAAUAAUGGUAAAACAGUAGUGAAGUAUUUGGGUACUAUUUUGCCUUACAACACCCUGCAUGUACCUCUCUGCCAUGAAUGGCUUUAAAAACAUAACCAUAUUGUGUAAUAACUUUAGAUGAGGUAGAUUUAGAAGAUUAAACACCUCUGACGUCUGGUUCCUAUCGCCACCACUGUGAACUCAGGAUGUUUUUCUAGACCUGCGCAUUUCGCAUCAAACCACUCUGAAUGACUUUGUUUUCAUCUUAAUGGUUAAAUUAUGCAGAAAUUUUGUAAAAUCAGUGGAAUUCCCCUUUAACUUUAGAAUGUAACUACAUGGACUGCAGCAUUGUUACUUAUAGGCUGUGCAUUGCUAUCAAAUACAAUCUGAAAAAGUCAAAUACAUGGAAAACUUAAAACAUAUGGUUAUAUUUAUAAGAAAAUGCUUCUUGCCUUUAUAUAGGUCAGUGUUUCACAGUCCUGCAGCCAGCACGGCAUACUUUUUCUCAGCUGAACCUUUCUUAAUGUACUUAAUUACUUUACUACUUUAUUACUGCACCCUUUUUUUGGGGAUUUUCACAUGGUAAAAGUUCAAACUGAAGCAAACCAUGUACUUUCAAUUUAAAGCAAACCAAUUAUAGCAUCUGCGUAUCUUAUUUGGUUGAUUUGUUUUAAUUGUUACACUGUUAUAGAAGCUAGCUGUAGCCUUUAAGCCAAUAAUAAUAUAACAUAAAAUAAUAAAAUGACAUAAAACAUAUAAUGUACUUUUUAUAUGUACUAUAUAUGUGUAGAAAUAUAACUAGAACUUCUACUUGUACUUGAAUAUUGUAUUGAGUUGGCUCACACCUUAGAAACCACCUGUGAUGGCAAAGCAAGGGCCUAACGACACUUUAUCCACCACUUUGGCUACCACAGCAACGGCAUAGCAACACCUUAGCAACCACCUGGGAUAGCACAGGGAUGGCCUAGCAGCACCUUAGCAACCAACUGGGAUAGCAUAUCGAUGGCCUAGCAACACCUUAGCAACCACCUGGAAUACCAUAGCAACCACCUAACAACUACCAAGUAAUGCCCUAACUAGUUGGAAUACCGUAGCCAUAGCAACCACACCAUAGCAACUACUUGGAACUACUAUAAAACCUAAUUAAGUUAUAAAAAAAUUGACAGUGUUCUGCAGCUGCUUUAACCUCUGAAGCAUUAUUAGCUGGCUUUGUUAAGGAAACUUCCCCUUUCUAGUUUUAUUUUUAUUACCAUUGUUAUAAUUUUUUUACUUUUCUUUUUUGACGUUCUUCUGGACUGGAGCUGGUAAAAACUGAUAGAAACCUUUUCUUAAGCAUUCUAGCUUGCACGCCCUCGUCAGAAACAGGAGCUCAUUAUGAUAUGAUAGUGAAUGUAUUGAGGUGAACUCUGCUGUAUAUAUUCAUAAACACUGGGAACAAAAAGGGAACACUGUAAACUGCCUGUCAGUGGCUGUGGUAGAGUCUACAUCAACUGAGCCUUUUUCACUGUAGACUUUAAAGAAUGGGAUGUUCUUUAAAAAGGCUGUUCUGGAAACUUCUCUUCAUUUUCUCUUCCGUCUCUGAAUGUGCAGUUGAGGUUUCAUUGUUUCAGAGGCUUUUACACAAUGCAAAAAAAAAAA